AGUAGCUUGGUGGACAUGUACGCCAAGUGUGGAAGCUUGGCGGACGCUCGGAUGGUUUUCGAGCGCAUGCCAUGUCGUGAUGAAGUGCUGACAACGAUGAUGAUACAUGCGUGUGCUGAGAACGGGCAGGGGGAGGUGGCAAUCCAGCUUUUCCAGGAGACUAGAGCUCGAACGAGCCUUGGAGUUUGGGCGGGCUGUGCAUGCUGAAUUGCUCCAGUUUGGGCUGGAAGGUGACGCUGUUCUUGUCAACAGUCUGGUGGAUUUCUAUGCAGGAUACAGUCGUCAGGGAGACACCAGUUGUGUGAUCGACUUGUUUCAGCAAAUGCUACAGGAUCAGGACAUGAAACCGGGAGGUAUCACACUGCUUUCGGUUCUGACCAGUUGUAGUCACGCAGGAUUGUUUGAGAAGGGAAAGUCUUACUUCCGGGAAAUGCAAGAGACGCACAGAAUCAGUCCAGAUGUAGAGCACUACCAUGCAAUGAUCGACAUGUUUGGACGAGCCAACCAACUGGAAGAUGCUCUCCUUAUGGUGGAAGCAAUGCCAUUCAAAGCAGAGGUGAUUACUUGGACAACGCUACUGGCUGCAUGCGUCAAGUGGAGGAACGUAGAAGUCGGGAAGAAGGCGUUCCAGUCGCUGCUCAAGAUAGACGAGAAAAACUGCGCAUCCUACGUGCUUAUGGCAAACAAUCUUCUUGCCGGGAAGAUUAGAAAGUCCAGCGCCAGAGUUGAAAGCCAUUCUCAACAAAAUUGUAGUACUCUCGUGAUCAUACUGGACAGCUGCGCUCUUGUUAAGAAUGGCUUUCGAGCCUGCGCUCAUCCGCGAUACAAAAACGUUUUGCGAGAACUGCUAGCUAUGCGAGUCGGAGCUAGACACUCGAAUGGUAUCCAACAACAUGGAAUGAGCGACGUCCGUUCGGCCUCUCUUGCACAGCAUCUCAACCAGAAGCUUGCAAGUCGCCGGAUCCGGAGCCAGUCGCCUGUCCAGCAUCUCAACGUAGUAUUUGACGGCCUCGUCCACCAACGCCGCUUUGCAGCAGCCUCUCACCAGUGCCGAGUACACCACCGCGCAAGGUGGGCAUCUCUCUCGCAGUAUCUUCUCGAAAAACUCGGUCGCUGUUCUCACCUUUCCAUUCUCAAACAGUCCUUCCAGCAGCACCGUGUAUGUGGUCACGUCCGGAGGAAUUCCUUUCGCAACCAUGCUCCGGAUGACUUGCUGCGCGUCUUGCAAACUCCCAGCCUUGCAGUGCGCGUGAACGAGCGUGGUGUAAGUGACGACACUGGGAUUGCAUCCCUCUCGCAGCAUCUCCUCAAACACCCGACUGACUUCGCUGGUUCUUCCUUGCUUGCAGAGCCCGUCCAUGAGCGUUGUGUACGUGAACGUAUCGGCCCUCAAGUCGCGAGCUUUCAUCUGCUUCACGAGCUCAAACGCAUGCUCCAGCCGAUCGGCCUUGCACAACCCGCUGAUGAGAGCGUUGAAGGUGACAACGUUUGGCUCCGCGUGGUGAUCCCUGGAGCUCAACACUUUGAAGAGCUGCAGUGCCUCGCUGAGGUUCCCGGACUUGCAAAAGCCAUCGAUGAGCGUGGUGUAAGUCACGGCGUUUGGAACGCAUCCCAUCGAGACCAAAGUUUCCAGCAUCUCGUACGCUUCUCUCACUCGCCCGGCCUUGCAGAAGCCAUGGAUGAUCACGUUCCAGGCGACUAUGUCAGGUUUGGCCGAUUUCUUUUCCACCAUGUCGAGCAGGAGCUGAUAAGCCUCGUCCACUCUCUGUGCCUUGCAGAAGCCGCGGGCGACGCUGGUGAUGGCGAUCACGUCCGAGGAGCAGCAAGAGCUCUCCUCGAGAAGCUGGCGAGCUUGGUCCAGUCGAUCCAUCUUGCAGUAGCACUUGAUGAUCGCGGUGUAAGUGGUGGCCUCCGGGACGAGCGCAAAGUUCUUCUCCAUCUCGUGGAAGAGCUCCAGCGCUUUAUCCAGGAGCUGGAGCUCGCAAAAGCCAUUGAUGAGGAUGUUGAGCGUGAUGACGCUGGGAGAGCACUGGAUCCCGCGGAAGAUCGCCAUGGCUUGAUCCAUCUUGCCCGCUUGGCAGAGACUUGCGAGAAGGAGAUUGAUGUCUCUCAAGUUUGGAACGCAAUGCCUUUCUAGCA